GGAAAAAAAGGGUUAUAAAUGGAAUGCGACAAGGAGUUCAGUUUUAGAUAGUUCCAUGCAAGAGAUAUUGAUUAGUGAAUUGCAUAACAGAGAGUGGUGGUUAGUGCAGAGGAGGGAGAGAGAUGAAGAGAGAGUGUCAUCCUUUGCUGAGAGGAGGAAGAAGAGGAAGAAGAGGAAGUAGAGAUUGUCUUUCUUCAGCUGAGAUGGAAUCACUUAGAAGCAUGUGUGAGGCUUUGUUUCCUCCUCUGCAGUUGGAACAUUUGGACACAACAAAACACAACACAAAAAGCAAAGCUCUGCAACAUUUCUGGAAAGCUUCUGCUUCUGAAUCCUCCAUCCCUCAAGAGUGUGCAGAUAUACUGAUAAAAAGAGCUCUGAAAGAAGCAUUGAUAUUUGUGAGAUUGAUCCUAUGGAUGCUGUCAACAAGAUUGGGCACUUUGUUGCUGUGUGGGAGUCUCUGUCUGAGUAUGAAAUGGCCUUACAUCCACAACUUCUCAAAUAUUUCUUUGGACAACAGAGAAAAGGUUCUGCAGAAAUGGUUUAAGCAUCGCUUCCUCACACCUGUUAGACUUGCAUUCCUUUACGUCAAAGUUCUGUGCUUCUUUGUUUUCUUCUCUCAGUGUGAUGAGAAGGGUGAAAACCCAGCAUGGGAAGCUCUAGGGUAUAAGGUUGACACUGAUGGGAUCACAAGCAAGGUUCAGAAAGAGAGGCCUCUUGAAAAAGGGAUAGUGGAAGCUGCGAAUGAGAGUGAUUGGAGCCUGCCUAAGUCUCUUGCUGAGAAAGGUCUUGAAAUUUCUAUGGAUUCUGAAAACAAUGUCCUUGGAAUAAAGUGUGAUGUGGUAAUUGUUGGGUCUGGUUGUGGGGGAGGAGUUGCAGCUGCUAUUCUAGCAAGUUCAGGCUUCAAGGUGCUUGUUCUUGAGAAGGGUAACUACUAUGCCUCCGGUGAUUAUUCUUCUCUGGAAGGGCCUUCUUUGAAUGAGCUUUAUGAAUUAGGAGGAACUUUUGCAUCCUGGGAUGGAAAAAUGGCGAUUCUCGCAGGGUCAACAGUGGGUGGUGGAUCUGCUGUUAAUUGGGCGGCAUCUAUUAGAACCCCAGAUAGUGUGCUCAAGGAAUGGGAAAAAGACCACAAAUUAUCAAUCUUUUCGAGCCAUGAAUACCUUUCCGCCAUGGACAUGGUGUGCAAAAGGAUUGGUGUAACCGACAAGUGUGUGGAGGAAGGGCUCCAGAAUCAAGUUCUCAGAAAAGGUUGUAAGAAUCUUGGUCUUCAAGUUGAUUACGUGCCAAGAAACUCAUCAGAACGGCAUUACUGUGGGUCUUGCAACUACGGUUGCAAAAGAGGAGAAAAACAAGGAACAGAGGUUACAUGGCUCGUUGAUGCUGUGGAUCAUGAUGCAGUGAUACUAACAGGAACGAAAGCUGAAAGAUUUAUAUUGGAAAACAACAAGGGAGGGAGAGUGAGAAGAAAGAAAUGCUUAGGAGUGAUGGCCAAUGUUUUAACAAAUAACGUAACUUGGAGACUGAAAAUUGAGGCCAAAGUCACAGUUUCAGCCUGUGGGGCUCUUCUGACGCCACCUUUAAUGAUCUCCAGUGGAUUGAGAAACAAGCACAUUGGAAAGAAUCUUCAUAUGCAUCCAGUGCUAAUGUCGUGGGGGUAUUUUCCAGACUCAAAUUCUGAUCUCAAGGGUAAAUGCUAUGAGGGAGGAAUAAUAACUUCAGUUCAUAAGGUGGUAUCCGAGGAGUCUAAAGUGAAAGCCAUAGUUGAAACUCCAGCACUGGGGCCAGCAGCGUUAUCUACACUGGUUCCUUGGGUGUCUGGACGUGAUUUCAAAGAAAGAAUGCUGAAAUAUUCAAGGACUGUUCAUCUGAUCACAAUUAUUAGGGACAAGGGCUGUGGAGUAGUUAGGAGUGAGGGUAGGGUGCACUAUGAGUUAGAUGAAUCGGACAAAGAGAACAUGAAGGAUGGAGUGAAGCAGGCACUGAGAAUUCUUAUAGCAGCUGGAGCUGUUGAGGUAGGUACUCAUAGAAGUGACGGACAGAGAAUUGAAUGUAAUGGGAAUAAUGAAAAGGAAUUGGAGAGGUUUGUGGAAUCCAUAUAUGCAACAGGAGGGUCAAUGUCACAAGAAGAAAAAUGGAGUAUAUAUAGUUCAGCACACCAGAUGGGGAGUUGCAGGAUGGGGAUCAGUGAAAAAGAAGGUGCAGUGGAUGUAAAUGGGAUGAGUUGGGAAGCAGAAGGUCUGUUUGUGUGUGAUGCAAGUUUGCUGCCAACUGCAAUUGGUGUGAAUCCCAUGAUAACUAUACAAUCUACUGCAUAUUGUGUUGCCAAGAGAAUUGCAGCCUUUCUGGGAACAGGAUAAAGUUUGUUUCUUUGUUCUUUUCUAUACAACUUACCAUGCCCCUGCCGAUGUAGAUGAGUAAAUUAUGGUGUCACAGCAAACUACAAUUGUUCCGUAGUUCCGUAGCUUGUUUGGAAGUUUGAACAAACAUGUGAUUACUUACAUUAUAACCAUUUUGCAAUUUUUUGAGUUUACAUUCUAAAAUCACUUCUCAUAA